UCACUUCACAUGCGAGCACACACACACUCUCAGUCCCUGAGCAGUCCUGACAUCUCCGCUCACUGUCAACCUGUGUCUCCUUCGCAGGGAAUUUCCUUCCAGAUAGAGGAACGCUGGAAAAACAUAUAUUCUGAGAAGAAAUUACUAUUGGAGACCAAUUGUUUAUUUCCCAGUUUCACCAGUUUGCUCGGAAGGGCUCAGGCGGUGGAGCAGAAUGCCUCAAAAAGAAUACCAUAUCCAACCCACGUGGGAAUCAGGAGUGGCGUCCAUGAUGCAAAACAGUCACAGUGGCGUCAACCAGCUUGGCGGGGUGUUUGUGAACGGCAGACCAUUACCGGAGUCCACCAGACAGAAGAUCGUCGAACUCGCUCACAGCGGAGCACGACCCUGCGACAUCUCCAGGAUUCUGCAGACCCAUGAUGAUGCAAAAGUCCAACUGGACAAUAAGAACGUGUCCAAUGGGUGUGUGAGCAAGAUUUUGGGGAGAUAUUAUGAGACCGGCUCCAUCCGACCGCGAGCCAUCGGAGGCAGCAAACCGAGGGUAGCGACGCCUGAAGUGGUCAGCAAAAUAGCACAGUACAAGAGGGAGUGUCCCUCGAUCUUUGCCUGGGAAAUUCGGGACAGGCUGCUGUCUGACGGGGCGUGCACCAACGAUAACAUACCGAGCACCCAAGGUUAUGCAAAAUGUGGUCUGUGUGAUCUACACAGAUUCUACAAUUAUUUCAUCUUUUUUUUUUUCGCAGAUGGUUGCCAGCAACAGGACAACGGAGGCGAGAACACUAACUCCAUUAGCUCGAACGGUGAGGAUUCAGACGAGACUCAAAUGCGCCUGCAAUUGAAAAGAAAACUGCAAAGAAACAGAACAUCGUUCACUCAGGAGCAGAUCGAAGCCCUGGAAAAAGAGUUUGAAAGAACCCACUAUCCAGAUGUUUUCGCAAGAGAGAGACUUGCAGCAAAAAUCGACCUCCCAGAAGCUAGAAUACAGGUAUGGUUCUCAAACAGAAGAGCGAAAUGGAGGAGGGAAGAGAAGCUGAGGAACCAGCGACGACAAGCCAGCAACUCCUCCAGUCACAUUCCCAUCAGCAGCAGUUUCAACACAAGCGUCUACCAGGCAAUCCCACAACCCACCACUCCUGUGUCCUUCACAACAGGGUCAAUGCUAGGCCGACCAGACACGGCUCUGACCAACAUGUACACAGGUUUGCCUCCGAUGCCCAGCUUCACAAUGGCUAACAACCUGUCUAUGCAACCAAGCCAGACAUCUUCCUAUUCCUGCAUGCUGCCCACCAGUCCGUCCGUGAAUGGGCGAAGCUACGACACAUACACACCCCCUCAUAUGCAGGCACACAUGAACAGCCAAACAAUGGCAACUUCUGGUACCACCUCAACAGGACUCAUCUCCCCUGGAGUAUCUGUCCCUGUCCAAGUUCCCGGAACUGAGCCAGACAUGUCUCAGUACUGGUCAAGAUUACAGUAAAGAAAAGAGUUACUUCGCCCUUUGACUUCCACACAGAGACUAAGAGAGAACCUGGACCUCUGCAGCAGUAUUUCCACAAACACACAGACACACACAAACAAAUACCAGGACGAGGAAGCGUGUGGACUCUUGUCACGGUCUGGAAACUUUGCGGCACUACCUUUAAGAGGAAAACCAGACGCUAGAGAGACUUUAAAGGAACAAAAACAACAAACCUCUGCUACGUCCUCAUUUUCGGUCUCCAUUUUUUUGUUGUAUUUGUACAUUGGCAUUUAUAAGAAAAGACGAAAAGACGAAAAGACAAUUCAACAGCCAAAACUAUGUUGGUGUCGCAUCCAUUUGAAAUGGCGGAGCACGAUAUAUUGUGACUGUUUUCUAAUAUCAGGAUUACGGAUCGGACUUCAUACAGGCCCAUAUCAAAGAAGUGAAGCAGAAACACACCAACAGGAAGCGCCUAUUCGUAGAUAUUUUCACUCUGGGAGAACUACCGGCUAAAAAUCCACCCACAACGACUUCAAUUAACGACACUAUUUUAUCUACAAAAGGAACAACAGCCAUUAUGUAAAUGACUGAGUACUUUAUAAUUAUAUAUGAGGGUUUGGAGCUGGGUAGACUGAUUCUGAGGCCGUUUGUGCUUGAUCAUUUAUAAUUGUGACGUCAAGAGGAAUGGGAAGUUAUAAUACGGCAGACUUUGCCAUCAAAAUAACCUUCAUCCAUUUUGCUACUGUCCAAUUGUACGUAUUUGUUUCCCCUAGAAAUAUCCUCCUGGAAUUAUGCCGGAACAUAAAUUUAUUCUCACAUUUACUGUCCCCGAGAAAAAAAAAUCUAUAAAUGUUUUAUACAGAUUU